AUGACUGGGAGACAGUUCCUUCUUCUGUCCUGCCUCUCAGCUAUGGUGCUCCUAUGCAUGCUGCGGGAGGGGACAGGAGCCACAGUGGGCAGCCGGCAGCCAGCAGGAGAAGAGACCCAGGAAGAUUCGACACAGAAGAUUUUCAUGCAAGAAUCAGAUGCCUCGAACUUCCUCAGGAGGCGCAGCAGACGGUCCCCCAAAUCCCGGGAUGAGGUCAAUGCCGAAAACAGGCAGAAGCUGAGGGCUGAUGAGCUGCGGAGAGAAUAUUAUGAAGAACAAAGGAAUGAAUUUGAGAACUUUGUGGAGGAACAAAAGGAUGAGCAGGAAGAGAGGAGCCGUGAAGCCGUGGAACAGUGGCGACAGUGGCACUAUGACGGGCUGUACCCUUCCUAUCUCUACAACCGCCACCACAUCUGACCUCAUCCUGCAGCACCC